GUGUGUGAUAUUACAGAUAUACACAGUACUGUCUUCUGCACUGCACAAGUUUCACACACAUUUUUUCAUUUUAUUACUGCAUUUGAACUUCUUCUCUCUGCACCAUUAUCUCCCUGAAGGUUCUAGACCAUAAGAGAGAAAACUAAGUUGGUGUUUUGAGAUAAUGCUGAGGAAGAGAAACGGGUCAAUCCUGAAAGAUCAACACAAAGCUGGCAAGAUGGUAAUUUCUGAAGCCAAUUUUGAAUCAUAUUCUCAGUCUCAUGCUUUGGGGAGCAAUGUCAAAAGCAACUCAAUUUUCAAUGCCCCUCUUCUGUUUGUGGGAAUGGGUCCUAAAGGCUUGUUGGAUUCUGAUUCAGUUAAGAGCCCCACUUCCCCACUAGAUGUUUCAUUCUUUUCAAAUUUAAGUAAUCCCUUCAGAACCCUAAGUUCAUUGUCCAAUGAGGGACAACAAAGGAGCUGGGACUGUGCCAAAGUAGGUCUAAGUAUUAUAGAUUCUUUGGAAGAAUGUUCCAAGUUUUCUAGAAAAAUUCUCCAAGCAUCGGAGAGCAAGAAGACUGGUUUGAGUCCCCAAAUGUUUACUAAAGCCCCAAAUUGUAAACCCUAUAUGGAUAUGGAUUAUGCUCAGGCAUCUAAGUCUUUACCCAAAGAUUUUUGCAAGAUCCAUUGUACUCAAAAUGGUUAUAUUUUCCCAAAGGGUGAGUCCACUAUUCUUUUUGAGAUUGGAGAGACCCCACCACAACAUGAGUCCUUUGAGAACACUGUGUCUGUUUCAUUGGACUCUUGCAGUCCUAUUAGGAAUCUGUCUGGUUUAACUGGUCCCAACUUUGAUUCUGACCCUGAGAAUCUUGCUUUGAAACACAAGUGCUCUCCUCCUCAUUUUAUUGGAGGAAGCCAUGAUAACACACAAGUUUUGCUACCGGCUGACUUAAAUUCAAACCCUGUGGCUGCAGUAUCUUCUAAGGAAUUUUUUAAGUCUCUAUCGGCCAGUGAGAUUGAACUCUCUGAGGAUUACACCUGUGUCAUAUCUCAUGGUCCUAAUCCUAAAACAACACAUAUUUUCUGCGACUGCAUUUUGGAAACUCAUGCAACUGAUGUUGGAAAACAUAACAAGAAUGGAGAGGAUGGAAAGGGAUCAUCUCUUUUCAGUGUUAACAGCAUGCAUAUUCCAAACUAUUUUCCAUCUGAAGACUUCUUAAGUUUCUGUCACCAUUGUAACAAGAAGUUGGAAGAGGGAAAAGACAUUUACAUCUAUAGGUAG